CUCUGAUACCUGGGUCUUCCGUGUAGGCGCGGUAUUACUGCGCAGUGCUCCCUCCUCCUUUGUCCCUCUGCGAGCGCUUCACUCCUGUGGUAAUCUUCAGUCAGGACGACAGCUUCAGCCGCAGACAUGUCAACAAGGGUUGCUGUGGUAACAGGUAGUAACAAGGGCAUCGGCCUGGCCAUCGUCCGAGCUCUCUGCAAGCAGUUUGAAGGAGACGUUUACCUCACUGCUAGAGAUGUCGGGCGUGGUGAGGACUCAGUGAAGGCUCUGUCCUCUGAGGGGCUGAAGGCCAUGUUUCACCAGCUAGACAUCAAUGACUUGGACAGCAUUAAAACUGCUGCUGCUUACUUUAAAGGGAAGUACGGCGGAGUGGACAUUCUCAUCAAUAAUGCUGGGAUAGCAUUCAAAGCGGCAGACACAACUCCAUUUGAUGUCCAGGCCGAGGUGACCCUCAACACAAACUUCUUUGCCACCAGAGACAUGUUGACUCACUUCCUGCCGAUCGUUAAAGCUGGAGGUCGUGUGGUGAAUGUUUCCAGCUUUGUCAGUGCACUUACGUUGAACAAGUGCAGCUCGGAGCUCCAGCAGCGUUUCCGCAGUGAGGACCUCACAGAGGACGAGCUGGUGGCACUGAUGCAGCAAUUUGUCAGCGAAGCCAAGAAAGGCAAACACAAAGAAGGCGGCUGGCCCGAUUCAGCAUAUGGAACAUCUAAAGUCGGGGUGACGGCCCUGUCCAUGAUUCUUGCUCGUCAAGUUUCCAAGCAGAGACCAAAUGAUGGGAUCUUGCUGAACGCCUGCUGUCCAGGAUGGGUGCGCACCGACAUGGCUGGUGAUAAAGCCCCCAAGUCACCAGAGGAGGGUGCUGUCACUCCAGUGUACCUGGCCCUGCUGCCACCCGGAGCCACAGAGCCUCACGGAAAAUUUGUGUCUGACAAGCAAGUUCAGCCAUGGUGAUGAGUGUGUGAUUGUCAGCGUUUCCACCCAAACGACAUGUUGAAGAUCCAUAUUUAGAAUAGAUGAACCUGAAUAACCCAGACACAUUAAUACAGCAACCUGAAGAUGCCCUUUUUCAAAACAAUGCAUUUUUAACAGUUUGAGUCUGCCAGUGUGCAUGUGUGUAUCUGCUGGAUUAUAACAUAUACAGUAAUUAAACUUGUGUAUGUGUAAGUGCUAAUGUUUUUGAUACAACACUUUGCCUGUGGCAGUAUGAAUGUUUGAUCAUUUUUUACAUGGAGGAAAGUAAAUGUGCUUUGUGUAUGAAAUAUGAAUCUCCUGAAGAACUAAUAAACAGUUUUCUGCAGCA